AUGAGUUCAAUACCCACGAGUGGAUCUGUGCUGAAGCCCAAUACGCAUAAGAGAAAACUGUCCUAUGUAUGUAUACCUUGCAGAAAAUGUAAGACUAAAUGUGACAAGCUUAAGCCGACAUGCAGCAGAUGUGCAGAGUUGGGUCUGUAUUGUGGUUACGACAUCGAGAAACAAUUAACAGAAGAUCCCAGUGACAAGAUACAGAAACUCGAAGGUCUCGAGAGGGAGUUGGAGUACUGGAAGGAAAAGACCAGGGAGCUGGAACUUCUGGAAGCCCGGGGAAUACGGCGUGAUUCAGCCAAAUUGCGGACGGUUGUAAACAUAGCGUCUGGAAUAUCCGGAAACGACUUCGAGACUGAGGUGGACGAGUUGAGUUUCAACUGCUAUGUGAACAAUGUGUUCCGUGUCGAGCCGGAGCGCACCUGGUUCAAAGGACGCAGGCUGGCAUUCCUGCUGGCGAAUAGGAUGCUUGACAGGUAUAUGACACCGUUGUUUGAUGAUAUCCUCCAGGAAGUUGAUGCAGCAAUUGCGCGAGACAAAAGCGUCAACCCCCUCAGCCCCGAUGAGGAGUCCGUACAGUAUGCAGUACUCGAGCGCGAGCUAUUUGUGGAGUCACAGCUGCCAGACUACAUGCCUAGUAUCCGUCACUUCAUCGAAUGUCUGCGCAAAAAUCAAGAGAAACAAGAAGUGACGAGGACAGGCCUUCUAUACGCGAUUGCACUCAAUUCUAUGGAUUCCGUAUGUAUAGAGGAUAUUAACCUUCAGCAGCGCUAUUCAACCAAUUUACAGGAAAUAUUAGAGCAGUGUGAGAAGGUCCUACCGUCUUAUGAAGCCAUCGAAUUUUAUAAAGUUAAUUUUUACAAGCAUGUCUAUCCACUUGUGCCAGUCUUGGAAAUCCCGAUCUUGGAAGAAUGCCUAGCCGAGAUAUUGGAGGAGGGUCCCAAUGGCAGGGUACGCCUGAUGUUUGGGAAAUAUCGGCUACGUCACAAGCUCAUCAACCUUGCGAUUUUGUUGGUGAUGUUGAUAAUAUCUCAGCAAAAUGUUGCCGGUGCGUCAGCGGAAACAACUUCAAUGCUCCAAAGGCCGGAAAACCAACUCUCAAAAGAGCUGGUCUUUUUGUCACAGAUGUGUGUGGCACACCUGGAUGUGACCCAUCAGCCGGAGGAACAACAUAUGACCUGCUUGCUUCUGCUUUGGUAUGUGUCAGUGCUCGACCCGGAGUUUCGUAGCGAAACAUUACUGCAGGAGGAAGCCGACGCGCUGCUCAGCCUUAUACUCAACAUGGGCAUGGAACUCGGGCUUGGAAGAGACCCAGAAGAAUACUACCAAUUUCGCGACAUGUUGGUGCACAAGAGCCUAAUUAAUUACAGAAGAAAGCUGGGCAUAUGCAUCAUGCCCUUGGUGCUGUAUCACAGCGAAUUCACUUCCCUUUCCCCCACCAACAUCCUCGACUUCGCAGUAUUCGAAAACAUAGUAGAGACAAGCGCGGAUGCGGUCUCCGCGUACUUAGACCGUGUGGCGGCAGACAUGGUGCAACAAAGUGCAUUCGAGCUUGAGGUGCACCGAGUGACGUGCUUACGCCACAUUGUGUCAAAGUGGAUAGAAAAACUCAACAAGCUUAACAAAUGCAGCAGUUCUUCCAUGAAACUCUGCGAAGUGGAACAGUGCACUGCGAAGGUACUCGCCUUUAUCAAUUCCAACUUCCCUCUGAACAACGUCAGCGCGGGCCCCAGCCCGGCAGCCUGCAUGCUCGAUCUUGGCUACCGCAAAGUUGACAUCGACUGGCCUGCGCACAUGUCCAUCGCCGCUCUUGUUUACCACAUUGCUUGCCGUGCUAUACUGGUGCAGCUCGAGCUUUCCCUAGCCUGCUGCAUCGAGCGCACCUCCAAGGCCUUCUCUGGCUAUCUUGCGCGGGCUUAUCAACGCCGCAUCCUCAACGCCACAGCAACCGUCUUCACUAUCUUCAACAUCUGCGCGCAUCACCACACCCUCCUCAAGUCCGUGCCGCCCACGCACAGUCACCGCAGCGCCGCUAGCCAUGUCGUCCACGUUGCCGCUGACUACUGCGCGUACGCCGUGCUCUCGCUCUACGUGCGCUUCGAGCACGCCGUAUACUUCCUCGGCGUCCGCCUGGCCUACCCCGCGGCAGAUAUGCAGCUACCGGUUGCACAGGACAAUGCUACGCUCGGUCUGCUCUCGCGCAUUACAGACCUCUACAGCGAGAUCGCAAACCACUACUAUGAGUUUGUCGAGAACGGCCUCAGCACCGCCUUCUACUCCACCUUCAAGAACUGGCUGCUCCUUCGCCGCUUCUUCACCCUCAAGAAGUCCGGUCUGACCCUCCACGGCUGCCAACCCGAUGCCUCUCAUACCCAGCCCGGAAUCCCCCCCUUCGCUUACUCGCUUGAGGACAUCGCGGCCCUUCUUGCUACAUAUACCGCCUGUCACGAGGACCUCGCCCAUCUGCUCGAGAAGACCUGGUUCACCCUGCUCCACUCCCGCAUCGCCUACAUCCCACCCGCCUUUCCCUCUUCGCAAGACAAGCCCUCUGUCGCGGACACUCCCCCAUCUAGCGCCCCGGCCCCCGGCCUGCGCCCACACGGCUUCGAUUCCGACACCAUGUGCUAG